AUGUCAUCGCCGUCGCACCUCUCUACCACCAAAGACGGGUACCGUUACGAUGUCGCAAGAGAUCAGGUCACCACUGGCUGUCAAACCGAAGCAGUGAAAUCAUCCAGUGCUCAUACAGAAGCCUCCUACGAUGUGAUUAUCAUCGGGUGUGGCUUCACGGGCCUGGCUGCCGCCCGAGACUUAUCGAUCGCUGGCAAGCGGGUGCUACUGUUAGAAGCACGCGAUCGCAUCGGUGGGCGCACGUACACUACCCACGUUGAUGGACACAACUAUGAGAUGGGGGGAACGUGGAUCCAUUGGCUACAACCACACGUCUGGGCCGAGGUUACGCGUUAUGGCCUCGUCGACAAUGUCAAGAUGAGCACGUGCAUGUCCAAGGAAGCAGACGUGUCGUACCUGAACGACGCCAAAGAUGGCACCAUUAGGGAAAGGCCAGAGAAGACCGACGAACGCCUGCUGCCGCUCAUACAUAAACUUAUGGAUAUUGAUGGUGACGGUGGCGAGACGGUGUUCCCCCAGCCUUGGCUGCCCUUGGAGAAUCGAGAGGUGUGGGGAGCCUGGGAUAUCAGCCUUCAGGAACGCGUUGACCAGCUCGACAUCAGCCAAGCAGAUCGAGACUUUGUCCUCUCAUGGCUGUCUAUGAACACAUGUUCUGCUCCAGCACAGUCGUCGUUUCUAAACCUUCUGCGACUCUACUCUCUUUCGGGAUACGAAUUCAACAUUUUCAUGGAGAUCUGUGGCAAGUACAAAUUAAAAGAUGGUACCAGCCGGCUUGCGUCUGCGAUAUACUCUGAGUUCACGGGCGACUCGCAGUUCAACUGUAUUGUCAAAUCCAUUUCCAGCACGCGGGAAGGCAUGGUCGUAACGAGCAAAGAUGGCAGAUCUUUCUCCGGCAAAGAGGUGAUCUGCACGAUUCCCCUUCACUGUCUACCUGACGUUGAGUUCUCCCCUCCCUUGCCUUCCGCAUUCGUCACUGCCAAGCACGCGAACUUUGGUGGCAAAGUCCACCUUCAUUCGUCUUCGCCGGUUGACCCUUGGUUCGGCGUCAGCGACGGCCACCAUUCCGUGUGUGCCGCUUUUACGGAAUCCCCGUCAGCGCAAGGAGGAACUCACCUUGUUUCAUUUGCCGUAUCCGACAAGCUCAUUGCAAAGCAUCAUAUCAAAGAUAACCCCAAGGCAUAUAUUGAGGCAGUGACCAAUGACGUCACCCCUAACUCGGUCCAUAUGGAGACCACCCAUCUGGUAUGGCAUGACUGGGCGCGCGAUGAGUUUUCCAAAGGCGCCUGGGGAUCCUACGGCCCCAAGCAGCUAUCCAAUGGGCUCGGCGAGAUCAUGCGGAACACAAAAGUUUCAGAAGGAUUGCAACUGGUAAAUUCGGACUGGGCAAGUGGUUGGGUUGGAUAUAUUGACGGAGCCCUAGAGAUGGGAAGAAAAGCAGCCCGCGAUGUGAAAUUGCACUUGGAUGGCAUCGACCGAAGAUGA